UGCAUGACUCGCGGGAAUGGAUUUUGUAAAUGCCUCUAUAGGCGGGAAUCGGAGAAAUUUCCAAUCCCCCAAUAAGAGUAUACGAGAAAAAAAUGGGAGAGAAUAGAAAGAGUGGGGGAGAGUUGAGUGAAUAGGAGCAGGGAAAGAGAGAGGGCCUGGGAGGCAGAAAAGGUUUGCAGAAACAGGGAGAGUGAGUGGGAGCAGAGAAGGAGCGAGGCAAAGAUAUGAAGGUAUCCAAAGGUGAAGCAAAAGGCAUAUUCUGGUUUCUCCGAACCUCUCGCUCUUUUCAAUCGAUCUUCCUUCUCUUAUCUGAAUCUUCGAAGUGAAGUAAAAUGCAUAUUCUGCUUUCUACUAAUCCUCUCUCGAUCCGCUCUCUAUUUCCUCUGUAAGAUCGGGUUCUACUGGCAUGGUAGCAAUAUUCAGAGACGAAGCCGCCGGAGCGGCUAUGAACGAACAGAGAUGGAGGUUGCAGAUGGAAGAAAGAGUGAAUAGUUUAGGGUUUAGCUUCAGCCGUUGGAUUUUUUUGUUUCGCCACGUGUCAAGACAGAGGGCCUAGGAGGAAGAAAAGGUUUGGGGAGACAGGGAGAAUGAGUGUGAGCUGAGGAGGAGUGAGGUAAAGAGACGAAGGUAGGGAGAGAGAGAGAACAUUGUGAAUGGGAGAGAAGGGAGUUGCAGGAGAUAUCGAGUGAGCGUAUGGUAUCUCCCUUUAGUCAUCCUCCAUUAUCUUUCUCUCUCCUUCCCAUCUUCUCAAAAUCUAACACCUUCUUCUGAACUCGACGGUUUUCUUCCCGACCACAAACCCCUGUUAUCCAAAUCCAUACCCCGCCUCGUCGACUCUCGUCAACCAGCUCCGCUUUCUCUCUUUCUCUUUCAUUCCCAUCUCGUGAACCCUAACCCCUCAUUUCCAGAUCUCAUCUCUUUUGUGUGUGUGUGUGUGUGUGUGAAAUGGGUUUCUUGUUUGGGUUCAUUCGUAGGGAGAAAGUGAAGAAGAUCCGGAGAACUACAACAGGGCUGGAUACUUCUAGUACUAUUCUUGUGUUACAAUGGCUAUAUUGUUACAGGUUAUCAUACUAUGGGAGGUACUGGCUCUUGAAAAUAGGAGGUGCUCAACCCAGAGUACUUAAAUUGUGACAGGAUCUUGAACCCAGAUGUUCACUAUGUUUUACAAUUUUCACCAUAUAUGAAAAAGCUUCUAUAUCAUAUUAGAGAGACUAAUGUAGGAUUUUUUCAUUGUUUCAGGGCGAAACUAGUCAAUGGGAGACUAUAACAUUUAGCUCUCAAAAUGCAUCAAAUAAUGAUUGGAUUGCAGUUUUUUCUCCAGCAAGUACUGUAAAGUAAGAAAUACAUGAUACAUGUUCAGUAUUGAAUCUAGCUUUCCUUAAUUAGAAAUGUUGAUACAUGAUGGGCUCUUUUAAAUGACUAUUGUGCUGGAGAAUUCAUUUUCUGUUUCUCAUAUUUAAUAUUUUAAUGUUUCUGAAUUAAUAGAAAGUUCCUGGUACUGAAAUUUCCAGUGGUUCCACACGUCCUUCACCAUAUGGGAAACUUGUACCUCUACCGUGUUCUGAACCCAUUAAGGUUUCUGCUUCCCUAGCCUUGGUUUAGUCUUGUUCUUUCAGUAUGGUUCCAAUGCAAGACUACCUAUUGGUUGAAAUGUUGCUACUAUCAUCUAAUGGGUGGUUUUGGCUUUGAAGUAUUGGAAGAACUUAUGGUUCUUGUGUAAAUGUAACCUAGAAUUAUUUUUGUUCUUGUGCAUUACCAAUAUAAUUACUCCACUCCAAACUACAACAAAACAGGAAAUGGAACUGUCAUUUUUAUUGAUCAACCAGAGAGCAGAUUUCACUUUUGCACUAUUUUCUGGUGGAAUUUCCAAUGUAUGCCUCAUAAGACUUUGGUGACCUCGAAGUCAAUGCAUCAUUAUUCCCUGAUUCGAUCAAAUGAUAUAAAACCAUAUGUUGUUACAUGUUUUAUUUUCCCUGGGAAUUUGUUUCAGAUCUCAUCUUCAAAUGUUCCAAUUAGUAUCCUUUUCAUGCAACAAAGUGUUCAUAAUCAUUCAAAACAAGAUCAAAUUUAACUUUAGUGGAUGCCAUAAUCCAUUAGUAUCCUUUUUAUGCAACAAAUGUGUUAAUAAUCAUUCAAAACAAGAUAAAAUUUAACUUCAGUGGAUGUCUACUAUAUUUUUGGAUCAAAUCCUUCAAUUCAUUUAUAUUGUUUUUAGCUUCUUUGUUGUUCUAUGGUGCUUGAUAAAUUUAUCUUCUAGCUAGUUCUGUAAUUGGAAUGGAUGAGUUGUAUUUGCUAUCUCAUUAACUCAAGGAGUUUUUUGGAAGUUGUUUUUGGCAAUUCCCUUGUUGUGGCAGCUGUCUUUCAAAGAUUGUGGAGCCUGUCACUCACCAUUAUUGAUAUCUAUGACCUUCUAGUAAAAAGAUGCUUGAGGAAUUCUCAAAUUGUCAGUUUGUUCACCAUUGGAGAUGGGGAGGGAGAACCAUAUCCCUUGAGGAGGUUGCAAAGGUUGGAGGCUACAACGCGUUCUUGCAAAGCUCCUUACCAGACCGAUUACGUGCUUAUGAUCCAUCUACUGAGACAUUUGAGUCAUCCCAUCAUGUAUUUGGAACAGCAUUUCCUCGUGGAUUUGCCUUGGAAAUCCUUCAGGUGUUUUCAUGUCCUCCGGUGGUUGCCUAUAAGUUCAGACAUUGGGGUUAUAUGGAGGGUCCUUUCAAAGGCCAUGCUCCAACUGGGGAGAGAGUUGAAUUGUAUGGAGUAAGCAUCGUUGAGGUUGACGAAUCCAUGCGAAUUGAGAAGCUGGAGUUCAUGCACCAUGAUGCCGCGGAAUUGUUUGCCGGACUUCUAAAGGGUCCUGUUUUGAAGGAAUUUGAAUCUGACACCUCACCAAAAUCAUCUCUCCAUUGCCCUUUCUUGAAAGAGGUGUAGGAGGUUGUCAUUAGGAGUUGAACUAUGUAUGAUUAUCCUGUUCCUAUGCGACAUUUUACUGAAAUUCCCUUAAAUUUGGCUAUGAGAUAGGAAAUGAAAACUGUUGGCGCUACAAGUGACACAUGAAUAUAUUAUGAAUAAUGAGUAAGGAGUGUUGGCAUCAA